AUGUCGGAGAUCCUGUGCGAGUGGCUCAACGAGGAGGUGAAGCUCUCCCGGAGCGUGGUUCCAGGAUCAUUUGCUGAAGAGUUUUCUUCUGGCUACCUCUUAGGAGAACUUCUACAUAAAUAUGGACUUCAGGAUGACUUUAAUGAGUUUUCACAGAGCAGGAUUGCAAAUGCAAAACUUAACAAUUUUUCUCGCCUGGAGCCCACACUUCGCCUCCUUGGUGUAAAGUUUGAUAAGAAUGUGGCCCAAAACAUAAUGACAGGGCAGCAUGGGUCUGCAACAAAGCUUUUAUAUCAGUUGUAUCUUGCUUUGGAAAAAAAGAAAAAGGCGAAGCUCAGUGGAAUAGCCAUGGAAGCAAUGAGACCUGCAGCAACUGCAAAGCUUGAGUCUGUUGAAAGUGCUUUGUUUCAAGAGCAUUUGAAAACUUUAAUACCACGUCAGGCGGAUUUGCAACUACAGCAGAUUUCAGAGCAUUUUGAAAUAAAAUCCAAGGCAAUGGAAGAUAAUGUAGCUCGUAUACGUAUUGCAGAACAGCAGAAAGUUCAGAAGCUCCAACAGGAAAAAAGAUCUCAAGAUAGUGAAAAGCAUCGCUUAGGAAGAAGGAGACAAAAUGAAAUAAUGGCCAGGAUUCAAGCAGCAAUUAUACAGGUUCCAAAGCCACUACCAAACCGUGACAUAAAAGCUACUGAAGCCAGAAAAUUCUUAAAGAAGAAAAGAGAAGCAGAGGAUACAUACAAGGAUAUUAAAACGUUUGAGAAUGUUGUACAAGAAUCAUUGCAAACACAGACCUUGAAAGCAACAACCUUAGAAACUACAGCACCAACAGCAUCUGAGCUACUAAGUGUUUAUUCAGAUGAUGAAUACAUAGGAAAAAUUCAAAAACGUUUGGAGGAAGAUACAUUUUCUAGAGAACAACGAGAAAAGAGACGACAAAAAAUGCUAAUGGAACAGUUAAUAGCACAUGAAGCUCAAGAGGAGGCUUACCGAGAGGAACAACUUAUUUACAGACUAAUGAGACAAUCUCAACAAGAACGGAGGAUUGCUGUUGAACUCAUGCACAUUCGACAUGAAAAAGAGGUGUUAAGGCAAAAUAGAAUUUUUAGGGAAAAACAGUAUCAAGAAAGACGACUGAAAGAGUUCCAAGAAGCUCUUGAUAGAGAGAAGGCUUUGGCAAAACAAGAAAAAAUUGAUUAUGAAGAAGAAAUUAUCAAAGAGAGAGAACGUCAUGAGAAACAUGCUGUUGAAAGAGCUCAGGCUCGUUAUAAAAAGCAUUAUUCUAUGUGUUGGAAAAUGAUCAACGAAAUCAUUGAUCUAGCAACAAAAGUAGGAGAAUAUCGUACACUGACAAACAACAAAAUUCCAUUAAAACUAAUGCGUGAUUGGAAGGAAUUUUUUUUUCAUGGAAAACCAAUAUAUGAACAAGCCUCAAUUCAGUCUUUGCCACGUAAACCAAGCCCAGAACAACUUGUAGAACUGAAUAAAAUAGCUCUAUUAGAUGACAAAGAUUAUGGUGAAUACAAGAAUAUGACUGGGGAAUGGUGCCCAGAUGAAGAUAUGAGUGAAAACACACCUCCUCUCAAUAAUAACAUAUUGAGUCAUGUGCUUCAUAGACUGAUGGAGAUUUUCUAUCCUCCAAGCCCCACAUCUUCGCCACCUGUAUUGCCUCCAUUUUCUAUCAAGGGAUGUAUUUUGGGAAAAAUUUUUAGUGGAAAGAGUACCUGUGUCAAGUUUAUUGAAAAAGUUUGCAAUAUUCAGGUACUAUCUGUUGAUACUCUGGUUCAGGAGGCCAUCGAAGCUUAUCUUAAUGAAAUAAAAAGUGAACACAAUGUGAUGCCACAGGAAGCAGAGAGUUCUGGGAAACACAGUAAGCUAUCUGUACGUGCCCAGCUUGGUGCCGCAUCACAGAAAAUGCUGAAGAAAGGAAAGAGUAUUCCUGAUGACGUACUAAUUCACAUCCUAUUGGAAGCCAUUAACCAAACACCACCAGAAAAGGGGUGGAUUGUGGAUGGGUUUCCAAUGACAAUUAAUCAAGCAAAGCUAUUUGAAAAAGCCUACACAGGGAUUGAUCCAGAAGCAAAUGAUACAAAUCCUGGAAAGUUUUCACUUGUUACAGACCCCAGAGACCAUCACAAGCCUCCUGUUACCUCACCUGCAUUUGAUAUUUCUAUAUUGUUGGAUAUUUCAGACACCGUGGUACUGAAACGUGCAGCUAACUUGAGGUCAGAUAAAUCAAAGUCAUCUCAAGCUAAACAGGAGGACAAGAAUCAAAACCCAGAUGCUGGAAUACUAGAAGAGAAUCUUAAUUUAGCCAGGGACAAGGUGCUACAUAGAAUUGCAGGCUUCCUAGACACAUGGCCAGAAUUAGAGACAUGGUUUUCAGUCCAUCAAAGUAUUCUAAGGAAAGUCAAUGCAGAGACAGAAGAAAGACUGGUCUGUCAAACAGUGAAGGAAAUUAUAAUGGAAGAAAUGGCCAAAAAACAGAAUAGAAGCUCUACUCAAGAAAUAUCAGCAGAAAAAAUGGUUUUACCUGUGACACAUCAAGAGCUGCUUCCUCCUGUUGAUGUGGCACCACCACCAAUUGAAGUAGGAUCAGAUAAAUGGAUUUAUGUAGAUGAACCACUUCCCAAGGAAAUACCUGAAUUUUUAGUACCAUAUUGGGAAACAAUAGAAAAUGCAUAUAUAAAUACCAUCAAAACUAUACUUAGAUGUCUAAGGGACGAACAGCACUCUGCAAUUUACUAUUUAGCAGAUAUUAGAAAAUAUUUCCAAGAGUAUCUGAGGUGUCCGGAUUGUAAGCAGGAACUUGUAUCUCAGUGGCAAUCAGAUUUUAAUUCAAUUGCUGAUGACCUGCGAGAAGAUGAGGAAACAAAAGCAGAACUACACCAAAGAGUUACUGACCUAAGAGAUCAUCUCUGGGGUAUCUGUGAUAAUAGAAAAGAAGAAGCUGAGCAGGAACGAACUGGUAUUUUGAAUGAUGGCUGGCUGACAGAUCGCAGAGGGAUUGCCAUGAACCAUUUCUUUUCACUUAUGCAGGUUGAAGUGGAUCGUUUCCAAGAUACGAAGAGACUUCUUCAUGACUACUAUAGGGCAAUGGAAGGAAAAAUCCUUACAGAAGACAAUCAAGAUUUCACUAGAAUCCCAUUGUUAGAUAUUACUGAUGUAGAGCAGAACGAAGAUCAAAAGAAAUCAAGAAGGAUUUCUCUAGUUUCUUGGAAACUGCCUCCACCAGAAACUGAUAUUGCCAAGUCAAAAGUCAAAGGAAAUCUACAGAAGAGUGCUAAGGAUGAGACUUCUGAAAAUGGAGUUGCUAUUUCUAGGAAAGAUGAAAGUUUUAUUACUGAUACAUGGCAAACAGCAGUAACAGCAGUAUCAGAUAUGGUAACAGCUGAAAUACAGUUUAAAGAAAUGGAGGAAGAAGACCAGCAGAGAGAACUGAAUGUGACACUGUCAGGCAAGGCUACUGGGAAAGGAGUCAAAGAUGCCAAAAAGCUUUCUCCCAAAUCAGCUACUAAAAAGAAAGGAGCACAAUCUACUGCAUCUGAAGUCAGCCUAAUUUCUCUAACCCCAGAACAAAUAAAGAAACAAGAACUGGCACAAAAAAUAAAAGAAGAAUAUUUUGGUGCCUUGAGACAUGAGGAACUAGCCACAAAAUCUCGACUAGAACUUAUAAAAGGGAAAGCUUUAGCAUUUGUUGAAGACCUAACAAGGAAAGCAGAUGAGGCUUAUAAAGAUAUGGAAAAGUGGCUUGGAUCCAGGUUCUUGGCAGAAAUGUCCAGUGUUGAAAAGCUGAUUGAGGUUGCACGACAUCAUAUUGAGAGUUCUAGCAAAAUCCAAUACCAAAUUACUUUAGAAGAAACAGAUUUCUUUAUCUCCAGUGAUAUAAAAGUUUCUCCUGACCCUGUUCCUUCACCUCAUGUUCCACACAUAGAGACCUCUAAAAGUGGUACUCUUACUAUUUCGCAACUUACUACACUUCAUAAGCAGUUUCUACAAGUGGCACCUAGAGCCAUAAGAGCACUGAAGCAAUUUAAAGGCACAAGUAAUUCUUCUAGCAAAAGAGAAGUUGGUGACAGAGGGAAACAGAAGAAAGAUUUGGAACAUCAGAGAACAAAAAGGAAUUGCCAGUUUCCAAAAACUUGGCUAAAAAAGUACUCAUGGCUUAAAUACGAUGAUGAAAGGGGAAUGAUGUUUUGUGCACCAUGUCGUAAGCAUAAUGUGGAUUUGGGGGAAAAGAUUCAUAAUUUCUGUUCUGGCUCUGAUGAGUUCAAACUUGAAUUUAUAAAUACACACCAGAGUAGUGAAGCUCAUGCCUGGGCUACCUGCAUGGAAGCUGCCAGUACAGCUUCACUGGAUGCAGCUUCUGCUGAGGAGAUGUUGAAGACCAUGAACUCCAUAACACUAGGCAGAGCAGAAAAUAUUUUUUGAACUUGCCAUGCUAUUGCUAAAUGUGGUCGUCCCUUUAGAGACCUUAACUGGAUGUACAAACUAGAUGAUAUGAAAGGAGUGGAUAUUGGUUCUGUAUUUAGAAAUGACAGGUUCAUAGAGUUUAUUGCUGAAGUAGAAAGAAAAGCUCUGAAAGAGAAACUGGAGAAAUGUAAAUUCUUUUCAAUUAUUAGUGAUGGAGUCAGAGACAGAUGCUUUACAAAUGAGGGAAAGGUCCAUUGCCAGAUUGUUGGGGUUCAACCUAUUCACAAAGCUGAUGCUUCAAGGAUAAAGAAUGCAAUUGAGGAAACAUUGCAAAUAAAUCUUCAACUCAGUCUGGCAAGUCAAGACUGGUCAAGAAAAUUAGUUGGGUGUGGGAGUGAUAGGACAGAUGUAAUGAUAGGAGAAAGCAGUAGGGUAGCUAAACUUCUGAGGGAAAUUCACCCUUGUGUGCAGUCUGUGCACUGUUUUGUUCACCACCUAAAGCUGGCUUACAAAGGAGCAAUGAAAAAUGUUCAUCUGUACAACACCUUAAACAAUGUCUUGAACUACUUUUAUCAUAACUCACCUUUAAAUAAGAAGAAUCUCAAAGCCAUAUGUGAAUCUACUAAAUUGCAUCCAGACAUUCCUUCUCGCACUGGAGGCUCCCAGUGGCUUCCUCAUCUACAAACAGCUCUACACAUUCUCCUUAAAGAUUAUCCUGCAAUUGUUCUACAUCUGAGUAAGAUUGAAAGAGAUUCAAGAGGCUCAAACCACCAAAUCAAAGGUCUGUUACACCUUCUUCUGAAAAUCAAGAUAGUCAAGUUUUCUCACUUUUUGUUGGAUGUCAUCAAUGUCCUCAACAUUUUGUCACAUGUUACUCUGAAUCACAAGUCCUCCAUUGCUGACAUAUUUGCAACUAUGCAGUUAACUCUGGAGACACUCCACAUCUAUCAGUCAAGAGCUGGUCCAAAGGAACGAGUGGUAGAGACCAUUCACCACUUUCAUGGUUACCAGCUUAAUGGAAAUGGAAAUAUUUCAGCAGUACGAACCAAAGUGCUAAGUAAUUUAGUGAAGAGGCUACAUGAUUGUUUUUCCAAUGCAAGCCAAGAUGUUUUGAGAGGAACUGCUAUUGGAAGUUUUAAACUAUGGCCUGACAAAAUGAAACAAGAAUUUGGUGAAAAGGAAGUGUCCAUCUUGACUAAACAUCUAGAAGCUGCUAGCAUGAAAAUAAAUGAAGUAGAAACUGAACAGAGCAUGUUGAAAUUAGAGCUGUAUAACAGAUUUCAGAACAUCCAGACCUUGACUUGGGAUUCAGUGAACUCAGGUUAUUCAAAGAAGUAUCCAAACAUCCUGACAUUGGUAGAUUUGAUCCUAACUCUGCCAGCAAGUUCAGCUGAAACAGAGCAAGGCUUUAGUAAUGAAGCUCACUAUGAUGAGCUAAGAAUGAAAAUUGUUCGGGAAAGUUUUAUACAAAAGGAAGUAUUUAGUGACAUUUUUAAUAACUUGAUUAAUUUGGAUCUUGGAUCAAAUUGCCUUCCUGAUGGAUGGAUGAACUUAAUGCUUCCAGAUUUACAAAAUCUGGCAUCUGAAUUCACAGUGAACUCAGAAUUUAUAGACUGGCGCAGGUUCUUGCUAGCAGCAGCACAGCCUUGGCCAGUGCCAUCUGUGACACAACUUCUCAAAACACUGCAUAGCUUUGAGUCUGUUGAUGCAGCUGGAUCAGGAUUUGUUACACAAGAAAACUACAUGCAGAUUGGCUUAUGGUUUAAUGGAACUGAAGAUCUUAAUGUAACUAGAAGUUGCACAGAAGCGUUGCCUCUAGAUAGACUAGAGCAUCUCAUAAAGUUUUUCUUCAGUUUGUUUGCUGAUACCAGAGAGGAUCCUGCUCUUCUCAACUAUAAUGAGAUGCUACUUUAUUUUGCUUCCCACUCUGAUCCAGUUGAAGGUGUUUACAGAGCACUUAGUGUUGCUACUGGAACACAUAUUCAUAGAAAAAAAGAAGCUUCUCUUCUAUGUGAGGGUUUAUCUUACACCAAUGAAGUGCCAAAUGAGGAAAUUUUAAUAGAAGAUGAAAAAGAAGUCUUGAAUUACAUAUGUGAAGAAACAAUUUCAGUGGCAACCCUGCUGAAAGUGUUUCAUACUGGAGGAAGUAAAGAAGAAGACAAUAAUAGGUUUAGUAAUCCAGAGAAGGAAGACAGCUAUGAUAAGCAUUUCAUCAAAGUAUUCAAAGAAUUAGGCUCUGAAGAUCUGACACCCAUUCCAGUUGCACUCCUUUUGGAGCAUCCUUUCAUUCAAAACUUGAUCAACGUGUAUCAAGAAUACAGGCUUCCUGAUAUUAAAACCUUUCUGCAAAGAGCUGAACAAGCACAGUAAACUGAUGGAAAAAACACCACA